AUGGGUGACGGAGGAGAGGGCGAGGACGAUGUUCAGUUCCUGCGGACUGAUGAUGAGGUGGUCCUGCAGUGCAGUGCCACGGUGCUCAAGGAGCAGCUGAAACUAUGCCUGGCCGCGGAGGGCUUCGGUAACCGCCUCUGCUUCUUGGAGCCCACCAGCAAUGCCCAGAAUGUGCCCCCUGAUCUGGCCAUCUGUUGCUUUGUUCUGGAGCAGUCUUUAUCUGUCCGUGCGUUGCAGGAGAUGUUAGCCAACACCGUGGAGGCUGGUGUGGAGUCUUCCCAGGGUGGGGGACACAGGACGCUCCUGUAUGGUCAUGCCAUCCUGCUCCGCCAUGCCCACAGCCGCAUGUAUCUGAGCUGCCUCACCACCUCCCGCUCCAUGACGGACAAACUGGCCUUUGACGUAGGAUUGCAGGAGGAUGCAACAGGAGAGGCCUGCUGGUGGACAAUGCAUCCAGCCUCCAAGCAGAGAUCAGAAGGAGAGAAGGUUCGAGUGGGAGACGACCUCAUCCUUGUCAGUGUCUCCUCCGAGCGCUACCUGCACCUGUCAACCGCCAGCGGCGAGCUCCAGGCUGAUGCUUCCUUCAUGCAGACCCUGUGGAACAUGAACCCUAUCUGCUCUUGCUGCGAAGAGGGUUACGUGACUGGUGGCCACGUUCUCCGCCUCUUUCAUGGCCAUAUGGAUGAAUGUCUGACCAUUUCCCCUUCUGACAGUGAAGACCAGCGCAGACUUGUCCACUAUGAAGGGGGAGCUGUGUGCACCCAUGCCCGCUCCCUCUGGAGAUUGGAGCCAUUGAGAAUCAGCUGGAGUGGAAGCCAUCUGCGCUGGGGUCAGCCUCUUCGCAUCCGCCAUGUUACCACAGGACGGUACCUGGGGCUCACCGAGGACCAGGGCCUGGUGGUAGUCGACGCUGCCAAGGCCCACACCAAGGCCACCUCUUUCUGCUUUCGCAUCUCCAAGGAAAAACUGGAUGUGGCUCCCAAGCGGGACGUGGAGGGCAUGGGCCCCCCUGAGAUCAAGUAUGGGGAGUCACUAUGCUUCGUGCAGCAUGUGGCCUCGGGCCUGUGGCUCACAUAUGCAGCCCCGGACCCCAAGGCCUUGCGGCUUGGUGUGCUCAAAAGGAAGGCCAUGCUGCACCAGGAAGGUCACAUGGACGAUGCGCUGUCGCUGACUCGCUGUCAGCAGGAGGAGUCCCAGGCAGCCCGAAUGAUUUACAGCACUUCUGGCCUGUAUAACCUCUUCAUCAAGGGCCUGGACAGCUUCAGCGGGAAGCCACGGGGAGCGGGGACCCCGGCCGGUACAGCGUUGCCUAUUGAGGGCGUUAUCCUGAGCCUGCAGGACCUCAUAGGCUACUUUGAGCCGCCCUCCGAGGAGCUGCAGCACGAGGAGAAGCAGUCCAAGCUGCGCAGUCUGCGUAACCGCCAAAGCCUCUUUCAGGAGGAGGGGAUGCUCUCCUUGGUGCUGAAUUGCAUUGACCGCCUAAAUGUCUAUAGCACUGCUGCUCACUUUGCCGAAUUUGCAGGAGAGGAAGCUGCUGAGUCUUGGAAAGAGAUUGUGAACCUUCUCUAUGAACUGUUGGCCUCUCUGAUCCGUGGCAACCGCACCAAUUGUGCCCUCUUCUCUACCAACUUGGACUGGCUGGUUAGCAAGCUGGACCGGCUGGAGGCCUCGUCUGGGAUCCUGGAGGUGUUGUACUGUGUCCUGAUCGAGAGUCCUGAGGUCCUGAACAUCAUCCAGGAGAAUCAUAUCAAGUCUAUCAUCUCCCUCUUGGACAAGCAUGGGAGGAACCACAAGGUCCUGGAUGUGCUAUGUUCCCUGUGUGUGUGCAAUGGUGUGGCCGUGCGUUCCAACCAAGAUCUCAUUACUGAGAACUUGUUACCGGGCCGAGAACUUCUGCUGCAGACAAGCCUCAUCAACUAUGUUACCAGCAUCCGCCCCAACAUCUUUGUGGGCCGAGCAGAGGGUUCUACACAAUAUGGCAAAUGGUACUUUGAAGUGAUGGUGGAUGAAGUGGUCCCAUUUCUGACAGCUCAGCCCACCCACCUCCGGGUGGGCUGGGCCCUCACUGAAGGCUACAGCCCCUACCCGGGGGGAGGCGAGGGCUGGGGUGGCAACGGAGUUGGCGAUGACCUCUAUUCUUACGGCUUUGAUGGACUACAUCUAUGGACAGGACACGUGGCACGUCCAGUGACUUCCCCAGGACAGCACCUCCUGGCCCCUGAAGAUGUGGUCAGCUGCUGCCUGGACCUCAGCGUACCAUCCAUCUCCUUCCGCAUCAAUGGCUGUCCUGUGCAGGGCGUCUUUGAGGCCUUCAACCUCGAUGGGCUCUUCUUCCCUGUUGUCAGCUUCUCAGCCGGUGUCAAGGUGAGGUUCCUCCUUGGUGGCCGCCACGGUGAAUUCAAGUUCCUCCCCCCACCUGGCUACGCCCCCUGCCAUGAGGCUGUGCUCCCACGAGAACGACUCCAUCUUGAACCUAUUAAAGAGUAUCGGCGGGAGGGACCUCGAGGUCCCCACCUGGUAGGCCCCAGCCGCUGUCUCUCACACACCGACUUUGUGCCUUGUCCCGUGGACACCGUCCAGAUUGUCCUGCCUCCUCAUCUGGAACGCAUUCGAGAGAAGCUAGCAGAGAACAUCCAUGAGCUCUGGGCGCUGACCCGUAUCGAGCAGGGUUGGACCUAUGGCCCGGUUCGGGAUGACAAUAAGAGGCUGCACCCCUGCCUUGUGGACUUCCACAGCCUCCCGGAACCCGAGAGGAACUACAACCUGCAGAUGUCAGGAGAGACACUCAAGACCCUGCUGGCACUGGGCUGCCAUGUGGGCAUGGCAGACGAGAAGGCAGAGGACAACCUGAAGAAGACCAAGCUCCCCAAGACAUAUAUGAUGAGCAAUGGGUACAAGCCGGCUCCUCUAGACCUCAGCCACGUGCGACUGACGCCAGCACAGACGACGCUGGUGGAUCGCCUGGCAGAAAAUGGGCACAAUGUGUGGGCACGAGACCGCGUGGCCCAGGGCUGGAGCUACAGCUCUGUGCAGGACAUCCCUGCGCGCCGAAACCCUCGCCUCGUGCCCUACCGCCUGCUGGAUGAGGCCACCAAGCGCAGCAACCGGGACAGCCUCUGCCAGGCCGUGCGCACCCUGUUGGGCUAUGGCUACAACAUCGAGCCGCCUGACCAAGAACCCAGUCAAGUGGAGAGACAGUCUCGUUGGGAUCGAGUGCGCAUCUUCCGGGCAGAGAGAUCCUACACAGUGCAGAGUGGCCGCUGGUACUUCGAGUUCGAGGCGGUCACCACAGGCGAGAUGCGAGUGGGCUGGGCCAGGCCCGAGCUGCGGCCUGACAUAGAGCUGGGCGCUGAUGAGCUGGCCUACGUCUUCAAUGGUCACCGCGGCCAGCGCUGGCACUUGGGCAGUGAGCCGUUUGGGCGUCCCUGGCAGUCUGGCGAUGUCGUUGGCUGCAUGAUCGACCUCUCAGAGAACAACAUUAUCUUCACCCUCAAUGGAGAGAUCCUCAUGUCCGAUUCAGGCUCUGAAACAGCCUUCCGGGAUAUCGAGAUUGGGGAUGGCUUCCUGCCUGUCUGCAGCUUAGGACCUGGCCAGGUGGGGCACCUGAACCUGGGACAGGAUGUGAGCUCCCUGCGGUUCUUUGCCAUCUGCGGCCUCCAGGAAGGCUUUGAGCCCUUCGCCAUCAACAUGCAGCGUCCGGUCACUACCUGGUUCAGCAAAAGCCUCCCCCAGUUUGAGGCUGUGCCACUUGAGCACCCCCACUAUGAGGUGUCCCGUGUGGAUGGCACUGUGGACACGCCCCCCUGCCUGCGCCUGACCCACCGCACAUGGGGCUCCCAGAACAGUCUCGUGGAGAUGCUCUUUCUCCGGAUGAGCCUUCCGGUCCAAUUCUACCAGCACUUUCGCUGCACAGCAGGGGCCACCCCCUUGGCUCCCCCAGGCCUGCAGCCCCCUGCUGAGGAUGAGGCCCGGGCUGCAGAACCCGACCCUGACUACGAAAACCUGCGUCGCUCUGCUGGGCGCUGGGGUGAGGCGGAAGGGGGCAAAGAGGCAACUGCCAAGGAGGGGGCACCCGGGGGCACCCCCCAGGCUGGGGUAGAGGCCCAGCCCACCAAGUUGGAGAAUGAGAAGGAUGCAACCACAGAGAAGAACAAGAAGAGAGGGUUCUUAUUCAAGGCCAAGAAGGCUGCCAUGAUGACCCAGCCGCCAGCCACUCCCACUCUGCCCCGACUCCCUCGUGAGGUGGUACCUGCUGACAACCGCGAUGACCCUGACAUCAUCCUUAACACCACCACGUACUAUUACUCCGUGAGAGUCUUUGCUGGUCAAGAGCCCAGCUGCGUUUGGGUGGGCUGGGUCACCCCUGACUACCAUCAGCAUGACAUGAACUUCGACCUCAGCAAGGUCCGGACAGUAACAGUGACCAUGGGGGAUGAACAAGGCAACGUGCACAGCAGCCUUAAGUGUAGCAACUGUUACAUGGUGUGGGGCGGAGACUUUGUGAACCCUGGGCAACAGGGCCGGAUCAGCCAUACGGACCUCGUCAUUGGCUGCCUGGUGGAUUUGGCCACUGGUUUAAUGACCUUUACGGCCAACGGCAAGGAGAGCAACACCUUCUUCCAGGUGGAACCCAACACGAAGCUGUUUCCUGCUGCUUUUGUUCUGCCCACUCACCAGAAUGUUAUCCAGUUCGAGUUGGGGAAGCUGAAGAACAUCAUGCCGCUGUCAGCCGCCAUGUUCCUGAGUGAGCGCAAGAACCCAGCCCCACAGUGUCCACCGAGACUCGAGGUGCAGAUGCUGAUGCCCGUCUCGUGGAGCCGUAUGCCCAACCACUUCCUGCAGGUGGAGACGCGGCGUGCCAGCGAGCGGCUUGGCUGGGCCCUGCAGUGUGAGGAGCCUCUGAUCAUGAUGGCACUCCACAUUCCUGAGGAGAACCGGUGCAUGGACAUCUUGGAGUUGUCCGAGCGCCUGGACCUGCAGCGCUUCCAUUCUCACACCCUCCGCCUCUACCGCGCUGUGUGCGCGCUGGGCAACACCCGCGUGGCGCAUGCUUUGUGCAGCCACGUGGACCAGGCACAACUGCUGCACACGCUGGAGGAUGCCCACUUGCCGGGCGCGCUGCGCGCAGGCUACUACGACCUGCUUAUCAGCAUCCACCUCGAGAGUGCCUGCCGCAGCCGACGCAGCAUGCUCUCCGAAUACAUAGUGCCCCUCACGCCCGAGACUUGCUCCAUCACGCUCUUCCCACCUGAAAAAGGAGCGGAUAAUGGCCCCCGCCGCCACGGCCUGCCUGGCGUCGGGGUCACCACCUCGCUGCGGCCCCCGCAUCAUUUCUCACCCCCCUGUUUUGUGGCUGCCCUGCCGAAUGCUAAGAUAGCAGAAGCCCCGGCCCGUCUCAGUCCUGCCAUCCCUCUGGAAGCCCUGCGGGACAGGGCGCUGAGAAUGAUGGGAGAGGCAGUACGAGAUGGUGGGCAGCACGCUCGCGAUCCCGUCGGGGGCUCUGUGGAGUUCCAGUUUGUGCCUGUGCUCAAGCUUGUGUCUACUCUUUUGGUGAUGGGUGUCUUUGGUGAUGAGGAUGUAAAACAGAUUCUGAAGAUGAUUGAACCUGAAGUGUUCACUGAGGAAGAAGAAGAGGAAGAGGAAGAAGAGGAGGAAGAGGAUGAAGAAGAGAAGGAGGAGGAUGAGGAAGAAGAAGCAGAGGAGAAGGAAGAUGAGGAAAAAGAGGAAGAAGAAGAGGCAGCAGAAGGGGAAAAAGAAGGCUUAGAGGAGGGGCUGCUGCAGAUGAAGCUGCCAGAGUCUGUGAAGUUACAGAUGUGCCACCUUCUGGAGUACUUCUGUGACCAAGAGCUGCAGCACCGUGUGGAGUCCCUGGCAGCCUUUGCAGAGCGCUAUGUGGACAAUCUCCAGGACAACCAGCGAAGCCGCUACGGCCUCCUCAUGAAAGCCUUCACUAUGUCUGCUGCUGAAACUGCCCGACGUACUCGCGAGUUCCGCUCCCCACCCCAGGAGCAGAUCAACAUGCUAUUACACUUCAAAGAUGGUAACGAUGAGGAAGAAUGUCCUCUCCCUGACGACCUUCGACAAGAGUUGCUUGACUUUCAUCAAGACCUGCUGGCACACUGUGGAAUUCAGCUGGAGGGGGAGGAGGAAGAACCAGAGGAGGAGGCCACUCUGGGCAGCCGUUUGAUGAGUCUGUUGGAAAAAGUGAGGCUGGUGAAGAAGAAGGAGGAGAAAGCUGAUGAGGAGCCACCAGCCGAGGAAAGCAAACCCCAAUCUCUGCAGGAGCUGGUGUCCCAUACGAUGGUGCGUUGGGCCCAGGAAGACUUCGUGCAGAGCCCCGAGCUGGUUCGGGCCAUGUUCAGCCUUCUGCACCGGCAGUACGAUGGGCUUGGGGAGCUGUUGCGUGCCAUGCCGCGGGCAUACACCAUCUCGCUGUCUUCUGUGGAGGACACCAUGAGCCUGCUUGAGUGCCUCAGCCAGAUCCGGUCACUGCUCAUUGUGCAGAUGGGCCCCCAGGAGGAGAACCUCAUGAUCCAGAGCAUUGGAAACAUCAUGAACAACAAGGUCUUCUACCAACACCCGAACCUGAUGCGGGCACUGGGCAUGCACGAGACAGUCAUGGAGGUCAUGGUGAAUGUUCUCGGGGGUGGCGAGUCCAAGGAAAUCCGCUUCCCCAAGAUGGUGACUAGUUGCUGUCGCUUUCUUUGCUACUUCUGCCGCAUCAGCCGGCAGAACCAGCGCUCCAUGUUCGACCACCUGAGCUACUUGCUGGAGAACAGUGGCAUCGGCUUGGGUAUGCAGGGCUCCACACCUUUGGAUGUGGCAGCCGCCUCCGUCAUUGACAACAAUGAGCUGGCCUUGGCCUUGCAGGAGCAGGACCUGGAAAAGGUGGUGUCCUACCUGGCAGGCUGUGGUCUACAAAGUUGCCCCAUGCUCCUGGCCAAAGGGUACCCCGACAUCGGCUGGAACCCAGGUGGUGGCGAGCGCUACCUGGACUUCCUACGAUUUGCCGUCUUCGUCAAUGGUGAGAGCGUGGAAGAGAACGCCAACGUGGUGGUGCGGCUGCUCAUCCGCAAGCCCGAAUGCUUCGGACCGGCGCUGCGAGGCGAGGGCGGCUCAGGGCUGCUGGGCGCCAUCGAGGAAGCCAUCCGCAUCUCCGAGGACCCGGCGCGGGACGGCCCUGGCGUGCGCAGGGACCGCCGGCGGGAGCACUUUGGGGAGGAGCACCCUGAAGAAAACCGGGUACACCUGGGACACGCCAUCAUGUCCUUUUACGCUGCCUUGAUUGAUCUACUGGGACGCUGCGCGCCGGAAAUGCACCUGAUCCAAGCCGGCAAGGGCGAGGCCCUGCGGAUUCGUGCCAUCCUGCGCUCCCUCGUGCCCCUGGAUGACCUUGUGGGCAUCAUCAGCCUCCCACUGCAGAUCCCCACCUUGGGCAAAGAUGGGGCUCUGGUACAGCCGAAGAUGUCAGCAUCCUUUGUGCCGGACCACAAGGCAUCCAUGGUACUCUUCCUGGACCGUGUGUAUGGCAUCGAGAACCAAGACUUCUUGCUGCAUGUGCUGGAUGUGGGGUUUCUGCCUGAUAUGAGAGCAGCGGCCUCUCUGGACACGGCCACUUUCAGCACCACUGAGAUGGCGCUGGCGCUGAACCGCUACCUCUGCCUGGCCGUGCUGCCGCUCAUCACCAAGUGUGCGCCUCUCUUUGCGGGAACUGAACACCGCGCCAUCAUGGUGGAUUCAAUGCUUCACACCAUCUACCGCCUGUCCCGUGGCCGCUCCCUCACCAAAGCGCAGCGCGACGUCAUCGAGGACUGCCUAAUGGCGCUCUGCAGGUAUAUCCGUCCGUCCAUGCUGCAGCACUUGCUGCGGCGACUAGUGUUCGACGUGCCCAUCCUCAACGAGUUUGCCAAGAUGCCGCUCAAGCUCCUCACGAACCACUAUGAGCGUUGCUGGAAGUACUACUGCCUUCCCACAGGCUGGGCCAACUUUGGGGUCACCUCCGAGGAAGAACUGCACCUCACUCGUAAACUCUUCUGGGGCAUCUUUGACUCCUUGGCCCAUAAGAAGUAUGACCAGGAGCUAUACCGGAUGGUCAUGCCUUGUCUGUGUGCCAUUGCAGGGGCUCUGCCCCCUGACUAUGUGGAUGCCUCGUACUCAUCCAAGGCUGAGAAAAAGGCCACAGUGGAUGCUGAAGGCAACUUUGACCCCCGGCCUGUGGAGACCCUCAAUGUGAUCAUACCCGAGAAGCUCGACUCCUUUAUUAACAAGUACGCAGAGUACACGCACGAGAAGUGGGCCUUCGACAAGAUUCAAAACAACUGGUCAUAUGGGGAGAAUAUAGAUGAAGACCUGAAGACCCACCACAUGCUGAGACCCUAUAAGACCUUUUCAGAGAAGGACAAAGAGAUCUAUCGCUGGCCCAUCAAGGAGUCCUUGAAGGCCAUGAUUGCCUGGGAAUGGACAGUAGAGAAGGCCAGGGAGGGUGAGGAAGAAAAGACGGAGAAGAAAAAAACACGGAAGAUAUCCCAGAGUGCCCAGACCUAUGACCCUCGAGAAGGCUACAAUCCCCAGCCCCCUGACCUCAGUGUAGUUACCCUGUCCCGAGAGCUGCAGGCCAUGGCGGAACAGCUUGCAGAGAAUUACCACAACACGUGGGGGCGGAAGAAGAAGCAGGAGCUGGAGGCCAAGGGUGGUGGGACCCACCCCUUGCUGGUCCCCUACGACACGCUCACUGCCAAGGAGAAAGCACGAGAUCGGGAAAAGGCCCAGGAGCUACUGAAGUUCCUGCAGAUGAACGGCUAUGCGGUUACUAGAGGCCUCAAGGACAUGGAGCUGGACACGUCUUCCAUUGAGAAGCGUUUUGCCUUUGGCUUCCUGCAGCAGCUGCUGCGCUGGAUGGACAUUUCCCAGGAGUUCAUUGCCCAUCUGGAGGCUGUGGUCAGCAGUGGACGAGUGGAAAAGUCCCCACAUGAACAGGAAAUUAAAUUCUUUGCCAAGAUCCUGCUCCCCUUGAUUAACCAGUACUUCACCAACCACUGUCUCUAUUUCCUGUCUACACCGGCCAAGGUACUGGGCAGUGGUGGCCACGCCUCCAACAAGGAGAAAGAAAUGAUCACCAGUCUCUUCUGCAAGCUUGCUGCUCUUGUCCGUCACCGAGUCUCUCUAUUCGGGACCGAUGCCCGGGCCGUGGUCAACUGUCUGCACAUUCUGGCCCGCUCCCUGGAUGCCAGGACGGUAAUGAAAUCAGGACCCGAGAUCGUGAAGGCUGGCCUCCGUUCCUUCUUUGAGAGUGCAUCAGAAGACAUUGAGAAAAUGGUUGAGAACCUUCGGCUAGGCAAGGUGUCCCAGGCACGCACCCAGGUGAAGGGUGUGGGCCAAAACCUCACCUACACCACCGUGGCCUUGCUACCUGUCCUCACCACCCUCUUCCAGCACAUCGCCCAGCACCACUUCGGAGAUGAUGUUAUUUUGGACGACGUCCAGGUCUCCUGCUACCGAACUCUGUGCAGUAUCUAUUCCCUGGGGACCACGAAGAGCACUUACGUGGAAAAGUUGCGACCUGCCCUCGGGGAGUGCCUGGCCAGGCUGGCAGCUGCCAUGCCCGUGGCCUUCCUGGAGCCUCAACUGAAUGAGUACAAUGCCUGCUCAGUUUAUACCACCAAGUCUCCCCGGGAACGAGCCAUUCUGGGGCUCCCCAACAGCGUGGAGGAGAUGUGCCCUGACAUCCCAGUGCUGGAGCGACUCAUGGCAGAUAUCGGAGGACUGGCCGUGUCCGGGGCCCGCUACACAGAGAUGCCACAUGUCAUUGAAAUCACACUGCCCAUGCUCUGCAGCUACUUGCCCCGCUGGUGGGAACACGGGCCGGAGGCACCCGCCCCUUCCCUGCCUGCCAGCGCCCCCCCACCCUGCACAGCUGUCACCUCGGACCACCUCAACUCCUUGCUGGGGAACAUCCUGCGAAUCAUCGUCAACAACCUGGGCAUUGAUGAGGCCUCAUGGAUGAAGCGACUUGCUGUGUUUGCUCAGCCCAUUGUGAGUCGGGCGCGGCCCGAGCUCCUGCACUCCCACUUCAUCCCGACCAUCGGACGGCUGCGCAAGCGGGCAGGCAAGGUGGUGGCCGAGGAGGAGCAGCUGCGCCUGGAGGCCAAGGCUGAAGCUGAGGAGGGGGAGAUGCAGGUGCGGGACGAGUUCUCUGUGCUCUGCCGGGAUCUGUACGCCCUUUACCCACUCCUCAUCCGCUACGUGGACAACAACAGGGCACACUGGCUGACAGAGCCCAACUCCAAUGCUGAAGAGCUAUUCAGGAUGGUGGGCGAAAUCUUCAUCUACUGGUCCAAGUCCCACAACUUUAAACGUGAAGAGCAGAACUUUGUGGUCCAGAAUGAAAUCAACAACAUGUCAUUUCUGACUGCUGACAACAAGAGCAAGAUGGCCAAGACAGGAGAUGUACAGUCAGGUGGCUCAGACCAGGAGCGAACCAAGAAGAAGCGUCGAGGGGACCGCUACUCAGUGCAGACGUCGCUGAUUGUGGCCACGCUUAAGAAAAUGCUGCCCAUUGGCCUGAACAUGUGUGCGCCCACUGACCAGGAACUCAUCACGCUGGCCAAGAUCCGCUACGCCCUGAAAGACACAGAUGAGGAGGUCCGGGAGUUUCUGCAAAAUAACCUUCACCUUCAAGGCAAGGUCGAAGGCUCCCCUUCUUUGCGCUGGCAGAUGGCGCUGUAUCGGGGUCUUCCAGGCCGCGAAGAGGAGGCCGACGACCCCGAGAAAAUCGUGCGCAGAGUCCAAGAAGUGUCCGCUGUGCUUUACCAUCUGGAGCAGACAGAGCAUCCUUACAAGUCCAAGAAAGCCGUGUGGCACAAACUCUUGUCCAAGCAGCGCCGGCGGGCGGUCGUAGCCUGUUUCCGCAUGACCCCUCUGUACAACCUGCCCACGCACCGGGCAUGUAACAUGUUCCUAGAAAGCUACAAGGCUGCAUGGAUCGUCACUGAAGACCAUAAUUUUGAGGACCGUAUGAUAGAUGAUCUUUCAAAAGCUGGCGAGCAAGAGGAAGAGGAAGAAGAAGAGGAAGAGAAGAAGCCAGACCCCCUGCACCAGCUGGUCCUGCACUUCAGUCGCACUGCUCUGACUGAAAAGAGCAAACUGGACGAGGAUUACCUGUAUAUGGCAUAUGCUGAUAUCAUGGCAAAGAGCUGCCAUCUGGAGGAAGCAGAGGAGGGAGUGGAAGGUGAAGAAGAGGUUGAGGUUUCCUUUGAGGAGAAGGAAAUGGAGAAGCAGAGACUCCUAUACCAGCAGGCACGGCUGCACAACCGGGGUGCCGCUGAGAUGGUGUUGCAGAUGAUCAGCGCCUGUAAAGGAGAAACAGGCUCCAUGGUCUCCUCCACCCUGAAGCUGGGCAUCUCCAUCCUGAAUGGAGGCAAUGCGGAGGUGCAGCAGAAAAUGCUGGAUUAUCUGAAGGACAAGAAAGAAGUUGGCUUCUUCCAGAGUAUCCAGGCGCUGAUGCAAACAUGCAGUGUCCUGGAUCUCAAUGCCUUCGAAAGACAGAACAAGGCAGAGGGGCUGGGCAUGGUGAAGGAGGAUGGAACUGUCAUCAAUCGCCAGAACGGAGAGAAGGUCAUGGCAGACGAUGAAUUCACCCAAGACCUGUUCCGAUUCCUGCAGUUGCUCUGUGAAGGGCACAACAAUGAUUUCCAAAACUACCUGCGGACACAGACCGGGAACACGACCACUAUUAACAUCAUCAUCUGCACGGUGGACUAUCUCUUGAGGCUACAGGAGUCCAUCAGCGACUUCUACUGGUACUACUCGGGCAAGGAUGUCAUUGAGGAGCAAGGCAAGAGGAACUUUUCCAAGGCCAUGUCGGUGGCUAAACAGGUGUUCAACAGCCUCACCGAAUACAUCCAGGGCCCCUGCACAGGGAACCAGCAAAGUCUGGCGCACAGCCGCCUCUGGGACGCAGUGGUGGGAUUCCUGCACGUGUUUGCCCACUUGAUGAUGAAGCUUGCUCAGGACUCCAGCCAGAUCGGACUGUUGAAGGAGCUGCUGGAUCUACAGAAGGACAUGGUGGUGAUGUUGCUGUCGCUACUUGAAGGGAACGUGGUGAACGGCAUGAUUGCCCGGCAGAUGGUGGAUAUGCUGGUAGAAUCCUCGUCCAACGUGGAAAUGAUCCUCAAGUUCUUCGACAUGUUCCUGAAACUCAAAGACAUCAUGGGCUCUGAGGCCUUCCAGGAUUAUGUCACGGAUCCCCGUGGUCUCAUCUCCAAGAAGGACUUCCAGAAGGCCAUGGACAGCCAGAAGCAGUUCACGGGACCAGAAAUCCAGUUCCUGCUUUCUUGCUCCGAAGCGGAUGAGAAUGAGAUGAUCAACUGCGAAGAGUUCGCCAACCGUUUCGAAGAGCCAGCCCGCGACAUUGGCUUCAAUGUGGCGGUGCUGCUAACCAACCUGUCAGAGCACGUGCCGCACGACCAGCGCCUGCGCAGCUUCCUAGAGCUGGCGGAGAGCAUCCUCGAGUACUUCCGGCCCUACCUGGGUCGCAUCGAGAUCAUGGGCGCCUCGCGCCGCAUCGAGCGGAUCUACUUUGAGAUCUCUGAGACCAACCGCGCUCAAUGGGAGAUGCCCCAGGUGAAGGAGUCGAAGCGUCAGUUCAUCUUCGACGUGGUGAACGAAGGCGGCGAGGCCGAGAAGAUGGAGCUCUUCGUGAGCUUCUGCGAGGACACCAUCUUCGAGAUGCAGAUCGCUGCGCAGAUCUCGGAGCCAGAGGGCGAGCCGCCAGAGGACGACGACGAGGGCACAGCCGAGACGGGCGCCGAGGGCGCAGACACGGGCGACGCAGGGGCCGAGGGCACGCCUGGGCCUGCAGCGGCGGGGUUGCCAGCACGACUGGCGGCGGUGGCCGGCUGGGCCCUGCGCGGCCUCAGCUACCGGAGCUGGGGGAACAGUGAGUGCAAAGGCCCUGAGGUAGCGGCGGCCAGGCGCGCGGGGGCUGCGGGCGCAGGGGCAGCGGCGGGCGCGAUUCGACUGCUCUGGGGCUCCCUCUUCGGCGGUGGCUUGGUGGAGGGGGCCAAGAAGGUGACGGUGACAGAGCUCCUGGCCGGCAUGCCAGACCCUACCGGUGACGAGGUGCAUGGCGAGCAGUCGGCCGGGACUGGCGACGACGCAGACGGCGAGGGCACCAGCGAUGCGGCCGAGGGCGCCGGGGACGAGGAAGCCACGCGUGAGGCUGGCCAGGGCGGUGCUGACGGGGCGGUGGCCGUGGCCGAGGGGGGACCCUUCCGGCCCGAAGGACCAGCUGGAGGCCUUGGGGACAUGGGCGACACGACGCCUGUCGAGCCACCCACGCCCGAGGGCUCCCCCAUCCUAAAGAGGAAGCUGGGGGUGGAAGGAGCCGAGGAGAUGCUUCCUGAACCUGAGCCAGAACCAGAGCCAGAGCCGGAGCCAGAGAAGGCAGAUGCUGAGAAUGGGGAGAAGGAAGAAAUCCCUGAGCCCCCACCAGAGCCAACCAGCAAAGCACCUCCCCCAGCCCCUUCAAAGAAGGAGGAGACCAAGGGUGGUGGCAUGGAAUUCUGGGGAGAACUGGAAGUGCAGAGGGUCAAGUUCUUGAACUAUCUCUCUCGGAACUUUUACACACUGCGAUUCCUUGCUCUCUUCUUAGCAUUUGCCAUCAACUUCAUCUUGCUGUUUUAUAAGGUCUCAGACUCUCCGCCAGGGGAAGAUGACACAGAGGGCUCAGCAGUCGGGGACCUGUCAGGAGCAGGGUCUGGCGAUGGCUCUGGCUGGGGCUCAGGGGCCGGCGAAGAGGCUGAGGGUGAUGAGGAUGAAAACCUGGUGUAUUACUUUCUGGAGGAAAGCACGGGCUAUAUGGAGCCUGCCCUGCGCUGCUUAAGCCUGCUACACACACUGGUUGCCUUUCUCUGCAUCAUUGGCUACAACUGUCUCAAGGUGCCUCUGGUAAUCUUUAAGCGGGAGAAGGAACUAGCCCGGAAGCUGGAGUUUGAUGGCCUCUACAUCACGGAGCAGCCAGAGGAUGAUGAUGUGAAGGGCCAGUGGGACCGACUGGUGCUCAACACGCCGUCUUUCCCCAGCAACUACUGGGACAAGUUUGUGAAGCGGAAGGUCUUAGACAAGCACGGUGACAUCUACGGGCGGGAGCGGAUCGCUGAGCUGUUGGGCAUGGAUCUGGCCUCGCUGGAGAUCACAGCCCACAACGACCGGAAGCCCACGCCAUCACCGGGGCUGCUCACCUGGCUCAUGUCCAUCGAUGUCAAGUACCAGAUCUGGAAGUUUGGGGUCAUCUUCACAGACAAUUCCUUUCUGUACCUGGGCUGGUAUAUGGUGAUGUCACUCCUGGGUCACUACAACAACUUCUUCUUUGCUGCCCACCUACUGGACAUCGCCAUGGGCGUCAAGACGCUGCGCACCAUUCUCUCCUCUGUCACCCACAAUGGGAAACAGUUGGUGAUGACCGUAGGGCUCUUGGCGGUGGUGGUAUACCUUUAUACUGUGGUGGCCUUCAACUUCUUCCGCAAGUUCUACAACAAGAGUGAGGAUGAGGAUGAGCCCGACAUGAAGUGUGACGACAUGAUGACGUGUUACCUGUUUCACAUGUAUGUGGGCGUCCGGGCUGGCGGGGGCAUCGGGGAUGAGAUUGAGGAUCCCGCAGGCGAUGAGUACGAGCUGUACCGGGUGGUCUUCGACAUCACCUUCUUCUUCUUCGUCAUUGUCAUCCUGCUGGCCAUCAUCCAGGGUCUGAUCAUUGAUGCUUUUGGUGAGCUCCGAGACCAGCAAGAGCAAGUGAAGGAGGAUAUGGAGACCAAGUGCUUCAUUUGCGGAAUCGGCAGCGACUACUUCGAUACAACACCGCACGGGUUUGAGACCCACACGCUGGAGGAACACAACCUAGCCAAUUACAUGUUUUUCCUGAUGUAUCUGAUCAACAAGGACGAGACAGAGCACACGGGACAGGAAUCUUAUGUCUGGAAGAUGUACCAGGAGCGAUGUUGGGAUUUCUUCCCGGCCGGUGACUGUUUUCGAAAGCAGUAUGAGGACCAGCUUAACUGA